GGCAGCGCUGCAGUUUGUGAGACACAGUGUCUUCACUUCCUCCUCUGGCAGUAGAAGACUGGAAGGUGUGCCCCAAAUUCUAAUUCUUCUCACUACCAAACCAUCCACUGAUGACGUGAAAAGCCCAGCUCUUGCUCUAAAAGAGCAUGAAAUUGUGUCGAUGGGGAUUGGAUUGGGAGAUGCUGAUUUUUCAGACUUGGAAAUCAUUUCAUUCAAACCUGGUUUCAUAAACAAGGUCACUAAUGUCUCGAUGUUGACAACAAUCCAAUCAAAACUUGUUGACAUGCUGAACGUAAAGAAGGUCACAGAAGAAUCCACGACAGGACUAUCUGAUUUUAUAGUGGAACAAGAGUCCCUACAAAGAGACAUUGUCUUUCUGGUAGAUGGUUCAGAUGAAACUUUAAGCGGAUUUCCAGCAAUUAAAAGUUUUAUCAAACACGUGAUAAAAACACUCACUGUUGGUGAGAACAGAGACCGAGUUGCUGUCGUCCAAUAUAGUGGAGAUCCACAGACGCAUUUUAGUUUCAACACCUACAAAGAUUCACAAGAUGUUCUGACUACUGUCCAGCAGUUACAACAUAAAGGAGGUGGGCCCCUCAACACCGGGGCAGCUCUUGAAUAUGUGAGAACCAAUGCUUUCACUGACUCCACUGGGAGCCGGCGCAGAGAAGGCGUACCUCAGAUAUUAAUUCUUUUGAAUGGAGGGAGAUCUCAAGAUGAUGUUGCAAGUGCUGCUGCAGCUCUUAAAGAGGACAACGUUUUCACCUUCUGUGUAGGAACCAAAAACUCUGAUAUACUUGAGCUACAAACUAUUGCACAAAUACCUUCCUAUGCCUUUGGUCUGCGUAAUUUUGAAGAUAUUGGAAGAAUCCAUCAGCAACUUGUUUCAUUUGUAAAAAGAGUGCCUAGGCAGCCCAGAUCAAAGCCUCUGACUGUAUUAGAUUCCAUCAGUCGGGACAUUGUAUUUUUGCUUGACGGAUCCAAUGAGUCAAAACCAACUUUCAACGAUAUGAAAGACUUUGUACUCGGGAUAGUGGCAGAACUUCACAUCAACACAAACAAAGAUCAUGUGGCUGUGGCUCAGUACAGCAACACGGCACAGAUUCACUUUGACUUGGGUCGUUUUUCCACAGCAGACAUGGUUGUUGAUGCAAUAAGAGGUCUAAGUCACAAAGGAGGGUCACCAAACAACAUUGGAGCAGCCCUCCAGUAUGUGAGAGAGUACAUCUUUACUCCUGACACAGGAAGUAGACGUCUUGAGGAUGUCCCACAAAUACUUUUUGUUCUAAGCAAUGAAAGAUCUGCAGAUGACAUAAGAGCUCCUGUAACGAAGCUGAAAGAGAUCGGUGUGAUAAUAAUUGCCAUUGGAACAGCCAAUGCUGAUACCCUAGAGUUGCAGACAAUGUCGCACAAUGCCAAAUAUGCACUUUCUGUAAUUAAUUACAAGGAUCUCCCAACUGCCAAGGAGGGUGUGUUGUCACUACUUAAAGAAGCUCCCCACCAUUUAGAGCAAUCUUCCCCAAUGGAGAGUUUUGAUUCAAGGAAAAACGAUGUUGUUUUUCUGAUUGAUGGAUCAUAUGACUCUCGAAAUGGCUUUGAAGCGAUACGACAAUUUAUUGAAAACAUGGCUGAAAAUUUGAAUCUGGAUGAAAACAGAGACCAAGUGGCUGUCGUUCAAUACAGCCGCAAUUCCACAGUCAAUUUCUACUUAAAUUCUUAUUCAUGGAAGACUGAUGUGAUCAAUUCCAUCCGAACAAUGAGACAUAAGUAUGGAAGACACCUCAACCUAGGCAAAGCACUGGAGUUUGUCAGAGACAAUGUCUUUGCAGCUUCAGUUGGAGGUCGCCGUGAAAAUCUGGUUCCUCAGUAUCUGUUUGUUUUUAGUGGAGGCAGAUCAAGGGAUGAUGUGAGAGGACCAGCACAGUCUCUUAAAACAAAUGGAAUAAAGACUUUCACUAUUGGAACAAAGAAUGCUGAUACAUUGGAAAUGCAAAACAUCUCUUUUACACCAUCACAUUAUUUUUCUGUUACAAGUUUUACACAUUUGCCAAGUAUACACCAAUCUCUGAAAGCCAUCUUGAAGGAUGUUGAAGAAACAACUGGAUAUACAUCUGCAGUUGGUACUUCAACAAUUACAAAAUUAGACCUUCAUGGUCCUGCUGAUGUUGUUUUUCUCAUUGCUGGCUCUGUUGAUAUGCAAGCAAAAGAAGGACCCGUUUUGAAUUUUGUGAGGGAGUUUGUUAACGAAAUAGAAGUUGGGCCAAGCAAUGUACAAGUUGCUUUCAUUCAGUACAACACAGAGGUUACAACUGACUUUUUGUUGAACACAUAUGCAAAAAAAGAUGAUUUAAUAACCCAUUUGAACAAUGUAAAACUGAAGGGAGGUGCCACUGUGAAUACCGGGGUUGCACUUGAUUAUGUUAAAAAUAAUGUGUUCACUGCAUCAUCAGGAAGCAGAGCCCAGAAGGGAAUCCCACAGUCAUUGAUUGUCUUGAGUGGGUCAAAGUCAGAAGAUAAUGUCUCAGACUCAGUAAAGAGACUUAAAGAUGCUGGCAUUGUCCUUUAUAGCAUUGGAAUGCAUGACACAAAUCAGCAAGAGAUGGAGAAAAUAGCACAUAGUGCUGAAACAAAAUAUUUCAUCAAAGAGAUUUCUGACUUUCCUCUUGUGACUCAACGUUUACUCUCAGCAGUACUAUCUCGCAAAGGCACAAUCAAUCCUGCUGUAGGUAAGUAAAAUUUUAAUUAAUCAUUAUCCCUGUAGGUAAUAUAAGAAUAUAUAAUAUAAUAAUAUAAUUCAGUACGUGACUGUGGUAAUUCAAGCCUUGAAAUGGUUACAGGAAAUAGCAUGACAUGUUGGCUGGUAUUUGAGUGUAUCGGAAGUUGGUGGGGUGGUGGGAUGGUAGUCCGUGUCAUAUAGUAAGAGUGGGAAAACAGUCUCGAGCCCACGUUAGCAGAGAGGAUGGUAGACCUUGAGGUCAGCGCAAAUCACGUCACUUUCACUCGGGAGAAGGUGGCACACGGAGCUAAUAUAUCCCAUAUUUUG